AUGAAAGCUCUGCAGAGAGCAUCCCAUAUAUGGUUUCGGCCUUCCUACGUUUCCCCUUGGAUAAGGGCUGGUUCACCGAGCAUUCGUGCCGUUCAUUCCUCAAUCUCUCAGUCUGCUGUAGCACAUCCGAUAAAUGUCCAUGGCCCUCCACCGAAAGCUCCAGUGCCGUCGCCCGAGUUUACAGAACGAAUUGAACGACGAAGAAAACAGUCUGAAUUGAUAAGGCAGGAGAAGGAUGCUUCUCCGGCCAAAGGAGCGAAAACAAGCCCCCUACGAAAGCGUUUCUGGAAAGAUGUCCAUGUGAAAGAAGUACCCGAGGGUUACCAAGUGCUUUUAGAUUCCCGCCCCAUACGUACACCGGCCAAGACGAUCCUGACUAUUCCACGCUCAAAACCUCACCUUGCGCACGCGAUAGCGCUGGAAUGGGACCAACUUGUGUCCGCGCAGCAAGCGCUAAAGCACCAUCUGAUUCCUUUGACAUCUCUUGCCGCUCGAGCCGAAGACAUUAUAGAACAAGAUUCACGCAACGAAACUACGAUCCGAAAUGAGAUACUACGAACGUUGAUGAGAUACCUGGACACUGACACGCUUUUGAGCUGGGCGCCGGAGAAGGGACCGCAUGAUGUUGAAGGAGAUGAAACAACUGCAGAGUCGCUGCGAGAUGUACAAAAGCGGACGGCACAGCCUAUUAUUGGGUUUUUAACCACAGCUGUAUGGCCAGGGGUCGAGAUCAAGCCAGUUUUCGAAGCGGAUAGCAUUCUACCCAUUUCCCAGCCUCAGAUUACGAAAGAAGUGAUUCGGGGGUGGAUAUCUGGGCUGCCGGCAUAUGAAUUGGCGGGACUGGAGAGGGCAGUGCUCGCUAGCAAGAGUUUACUCAUCGGAGUGAGACUCAUUGUGGAAUGGAGUGAAUAUUUCCGCGAUUUGCAGCCGGAGGGUCCGAGGACUUUUGGAAUCGAGAAGGCUGCGGAAGUGUCCAGCUUAGAGGUCCGGUGGCAGACGGAGCAAUGGGGCGAAGUGGAAGAUACGCACGAUGUGGAGAAGGAGGACUUGAGGAGGCAACUGGGAAGCGCUAUCCUUCUAGUCAGUGGAGAGCAGAGGGAAAAGCAAUAG